AUGACCUCCAAUAUACCCCAGGGCCUCAAGCCCGCCGACAUCACCCGCUUUGCCCAGCGCGCCGUCCAGCUCGAGAAGUUCAAGCCCGUCGUCUCCUACUGGUGCGAAUAUUUCAUCGUGAACCAGAUCAUCGCCAAGGGCCUGCACACGGCCGACGAAGAAUGCAUGCAGUACACCACCACUCUGAUGGACAAGCUGGAGCAGACCAAGGCCCAGCAUGCCGACAAUGACGCCAUCCUCGACGACGUUGCCGCCAAGGUCUACAUCGAACAGUUUGCCCUCGAGACCUUCCAGAGGGCCGACAACGCCGUGCGCGCGAACAAGGCUUCAGCUCAGACAGCAGACACCUUCCGCGCCGCCGCCACCUUUCUCGACCUCAUGGGCGUCUGGGGUCCCUUGGAUCCCGAGCUCGCCGCCAAGUCCAAAUUCGCCAAGUACCACGCCCUUCGCAUCGCCAAAGCCCUCAAGGCCGGCGAGGACCCGAACCUGUCGAAUCCCAUCCAAGAGCCCUCCCCCGCCCCCGAAGAGUCCGCCCCCAUGCUCGACCCCAACGACCCCGAAGUCCAGCGUAUAAACGGCACUGCUUCCUCGUCGGCGCUGCAACCAACCGUUGAGACGGCGCCCCCUUCCUUCGCGCCAUCACCCUCCCAAGAGCCCAACGCCCCGCCUUUGCAGCCACCCUUCGCAGGCGACAACGUCUCCCCGCUCGAAGCCGAGGACCCGGACCAGGACCAGGACCCGGCCCGCCAGAACUCGGUCGGCGGCGGCUACUUCCCCGCCGUGCCGACCUUCACCUCCGAGGUCCCCGCCCCGAGCCUACCCACCGCGCCGGAGCAGGCAAUGGACGACGCGCCCGCCCCGGCGGCCCCCGACGACGGCCAGUACGGCAAUCCGAAAGACUUCUACCAACCACCCCAACCCUCGGCGCCCACGGCGUUUGCACCGCCGCCCCCGCAACAGCAGCAGCAGCAGCAGCAGCAGCCCGUGGCGCCUAUCGCGCAGACCAACAUACCUCCGCCUACGGCCUGGGGUGCGGAUAGCUACAGGACGGACGACGACGCGGUGAUGCAGGCGCAGAAGCAUGCGAAGUGGGCGAUUUCGGCGCUGAAUUUCGAGGACGUGCCGACGGCGGUGAAGGAGUUGAGGAUUGCGUUGGAGACGCUUGGGGCGCGGUGA